GUGCUCUUUGUGUCUUUGUAGUUUGCAUGUAAAUAAGUAGGAGGCAUUACUUUUGGAGCAACCUACAUGCAGUACUGCACAGAAUUUUGAGCCCUCCAUUUCAAAUGUCUUACAAAGUCAAAAUUAGCAAUUUAAAGCAUUUUAGCAUUCUUGUCCAUGCAUGGUGUGUUCUCUAACUGUAACUUAAGCUAAUCUAGAUAAAAUUGCUUCUAAGGCUGCAGAAAUAGGUUUGGAUAGGUUCAGAACUAACUUUGGCUAAGUGGAAAUAACUAAAAUAAAGCAAAACUUGCUGAAGAUUGUUCUCUUAUCUUUGUAAAUGGAAAGACUUGCCAUUCACUUGCAACCUAUUUUUCUUUAUCAUCAUACAGCGCUUUCACAGCAAUUCUUAAAAGACAGAUUGACCAAGUUUUGUUGUUUUUUGACAUAGGUUAAUAUAUGCUGACGUUUAUAUAUAUAAUGCAAUAUAAUAUAUGCUGAAUUCUAAUAUUCCUGAUCUCAUUACAUAGUUGCUAAUUGUUAAUUUUUAAUGAAUCAAAGUUAAAUUCAGAGCCUGAAUUUUACAACUAAAAAAUUAGGAUGUGGACAUAAGAACAUGGCUUGCUCAACUCUUAUUUCAGCGUAGGCAUGUGAUUACUUUAUCAGUGAAAUCUUAAAUCCUGCAUUUACAUCCGAUGUAUGAAAAAUAUCUUGAUAAGAAUUUGAAGGAGACUAGACCUUAUAUUUUAAGAAAUAGGUUAUUACAUUCCACCCACCGUGUUGCUCUUUCCUUCCCAACUUAGGUUUGAAAAAUAAUCUGUGUCUAAAUAAGGAAGGGUGUCAUGCUUUCCCCACUGUGACUGUUACGUAAACAGCCAGUGCUUUUGGGUGUAUUCUGAUCCUAAUGGGUACACGGAAGCUAAAAUAGAGCAAUUUGCUUUCAUAUGAGGAAUUUACAUUUAAUAAGUUCUAUGAAAAAGAAAUAUCCUAAAGGAGUUGUUCUGCAAUAAGUGUCGUAGUGAUACUAUUUUUAUUAUCGUUGGGCUGUCAAACUCCUACAUUGCAGAAUAUAAAAAGAACAUUAAAAUAUUGUGUUUAGUUAGUUGGUUUUUUAGAUAGAAAGAGAUCACAUACUUGUGGUCAUGGGUCCACUGGCUAGUCACUGAUUAGCAAAAGUGAGCUUUAGCAAGUUCACUGUUUUUUUUUUCUCAUGAGUGCUGUGGGAAGAGCUGAAAUGGUAGGAGUUCCAUUUCAUUGAGAAGUGGUGAGGAAUUUUGCUUCUUUGUCUUCUGAGCAUGACUUUUUCGUAUAGGAGCAUGAUUCAUUUCUUCAGUUCUGCUUGCUUUGUGCAACUUCAUUUGGCAAGGCAGUUGAGGUGAUCUCUGUGGGCCAUCCCUAGUUGGUGUAGGGAUGGCUUUAGCUGUGCUGUGACCAUGGGACAGAAAGUUGGAUCUGGACCCCUUUGCCACCCAUCAGUUGCAGAUUACUUACACCAAGUCUGGCAGGCUGAAAGUGAUGGGUUGAAUGUCUUCUGUGUGAUUGAUCCUCAGGAACCAGAAUUCCCUCAGCCUCCUAGAAGAACCUGAAGGAGGCAGGGAAGAUGCUCCUCUCCAGGGUGGUCAAAUGUCCCUCCUGCCAGGGCAGGGACCUGCAGCCCUGGUUCAUGGCUGCUGCUGUGGGCUAAGCAGUGCAUGCCUGCACCUAUGCAAGCCAGUAGAUUGAAAUCUCUGCUGAAGUUGUUUCUGGAAACUAGCCCAUCCAUCUCCCCCUGUAUCUAUCUCAUGGCCAGCAUGAGUGCUUUUCACAGCAAAUCCUCGUUACUCAAAGUGCUCCAGCAGGGCCCAGCUGCAUGUGAGUGGGAGCAAAGUAAUACAAAAGCCUGGAUGGAGUUUGUACCUGCUGUGUGUUCCUGCCAAGCUGUGCAGAGUACUUCUACCACAGGAGCAAAACCUCCAGCUACUAAAUAUAUUAUUUGCCCACCACAAAGUUAAUGUAUCUGGUAGUUUCAUUUGCUUUAAGAUGUUUCUCAAAAAAGCCCUCUGCCCCCCAGCCACUUGCCUGUGAGUGCCAAGUGUGAAAGGAAGCUUUGCAAUCUUUAAUUCUUCAAAGUAGUGCUUUUGACAGUGGUUAGAUGAAAAGCAUACAUUAAAGAUGAAAGGGGAGCCAUAAGUAGAUCUUUGAGGAGAAGAGAGAAGCGUGAGCAGUGUAGAGGUGAUGCAAAGUAUGCACUGCCUAAGGUUGCCUGUUGCUUUUUUUUUUUCCUCAUGGGGAUCUUCUGUGUGUUUUCUUUUUUGACCUCAGGUUACUUGUCAGUAGGGCUGAUGUUAGUAGGCCUUUAGAGCGUUAAUAUCUCAGCAGCCUUGUUUUCUUGCUUUUUUCACAAUGGUUCAUGAGUCAUUUCCACACUGAACUUUUUACUGAAUGAAAACUUGGCCAAACAGUAUCCACAAAGCAAUGUACAGAGUUCCUCUGUGCACAUGGUUUACUGUCCUGUGGUAUUGUGGUUUAAUUCCGAGGGUUUAAUGUUUGUCAGCCUCCUUAGGAGAAAUCCACAAACACAGCAGUGCUUUUAACCAAAGCCACUGUAAAUCUGAGGUCACGUUGUAAAGUCACCAAAUUGCAAGUGAUGUGAAUGACUGGCCUUCAUUUGCUUCCUCCAGAGGAUCUGGGAGCACUCUUUGUGUUGAAGAAUCACAGAAACCGUGUGUGCGUUUUUCAAUUGGUGUGUUAGUUGUUUUAGCUGCCAUAUAGAUUUCACAGGAUGGUUUGGAUACUUUGAGCUGUUAUUUUGACUCCAUAGGUUCUUGCAGUCUGUUCCCUCUUUAGCUGUUAACAGUUUAUGUAGAAGGGAUAAGAAAUCAGGAGAGGACUAAAGGCAAAUGUAUUAACUAAGAUACUACUUUCAAUUUUUUUUUUUCAAAUUUUCUUACUGGAAAUGGUUGGAUUUCAAGUUAAGUAUUCAUUUUAACCAAAUAUUCAAGCUAAGCAGAUAACUGUUGUCUAGUUUGUCCAUCAUGAAAAGUACCUUCUGCUCCAAAGUUCAAAAAAGGGUUUCAGCAAUCAUUUUUGAAGAAAAGCAUACAUACCAUGUGAUUUCUGCAAAGGGAGAAAUAAGCAGCCACUGCUGAGUUUAAAAAGGGAUUUGCUGUAAUGUUUACCUUCUGUGUGUGUAAAUCUUCUGUGUUGUUCAUCUUACUACAUAUUCAUUGAAGCUCAACCAAGGUUAACUUUUUUCAUUUACAUUGAUUAAAAUAAGAUUUCCCCAUGUGUAUUUUCAAGUUCUGAGACUGUUAAUUUUUUAUUGCUUUCUUCACCAUCUUCUUAAAAAUGAGAAGAAUGCACCCAAUGAAAUUGUGUACUUACAGAUGUGUACAUGUAUAUGCAUAUCUAAUCCUGAACAGAUACACAGACUGUUCUGGAGGGAUGGAAAAUGGAAUAGUGAUCAGUAGCAAUUAAAAAUAAUAAUGUACAUUCUCCCGUGUACAAAUGUAUCCUAGAUGGUGCCACAUGUGCCCAGGCAGCAAGAACUACUCUUCCUACUAUAGGGCAUGCAGAAAAACUAAAGCGAAAACUUGCAGAUCUUGGAGCUCCCUUGCGAAGAAGUUCAAACAAGGGCAAGAAGCGGAAAGAGAAAGAAGCUAUUAGGGUGACCUGUGGCAUUAGGACCACCAGAGAGAUGCUGCAGAAAUCAGCCAGCAGUAAAUCUUUAACAGAACGAUCCUCCUCUCUCCCACACUGUGUACCAUUCACACGGUAUGGAGAGAGUGGCAAGGGAUCCAAUUCUUCUAGCAACCUGCCGUCACCUACCAGCUCAACAGAACCUUCCUCUGAAAACAUAAGCCCAGCUAAAAAAGGGUCAAAGAAUUUCACAUUCAAUGAUGACUUCAGUCCCAGCAGCACAAGUUCAGCUGAUCUGAGUGGUUUAGGAGCAGAACCCAAAACCCCAGGUUUCUCACACUCCUUAGCACUAUCAUCAGAUGAGAGCCUGGAUAUGAUUGAUGAUGAGAUCCUCGAUGACGGACAGUCUCCAAAACACAGUCAGUGCCAGAACCGGGCUGUUCAGGAGUGGUCUGUGCAGCAGGUUUCCCACUGGUUAAUGAGCCUGAACCUUGAACAGUACGUUUCUGAAUUCAGCGCCCAGAACAUUAAUGGGGAGCAUCUCCUUCAACUGGAUGGGAGUAAGCUUAAGGCUCUUGGUAUGACAUCUUCCCAGGACAGGGCAAUCGUUAAAAAAAAGCUAAAGGAAAUGAAAGCAUCUCUGGAGAAAGCUCGCAAAGCCCAAGAGAAAAUGGAAAAGCAAAGGGAAAAGCUUCGGAAGAAGGAACAAGAGCAACUGCAGAGGAAAUCAAAGAAAACAGACAAGUCUUCGUCAGAAGCAACAGAGGGCACUAAUGAGCAGUGAUAAGCAGAACUGCUGCUGGGUUUGUAACGUGGAGGCACUUGGAGGGGAAGAGAAACUCGCACCCACUCUGGUCCCCUUCAGCUUUCUUGCGUUCAUUACACGAGUGUGUACAGAGAAAUGGAGCUAUACAUAGAAUGACCGGGGAACUUUAUCUUGUGUAGUUUUAUUUUCCUGCAUAUCUUGUUCUCGCUCGUUGUUGUUGCCAUGUUAAACAACCCCAACCCUACGGUUUGUUUUGUUGUUGUUGACAGCUGACAGAUUUUAUAUUUGUGUGGCAGUGUUUCCUUUCAAACUACUCUUUUCUUUUGAGCUCUGUGUGUUCGGUCACUUCAGUAACCAGCAUGAUGCUGAGGAGCAUGGUCCACUGCUUCACCUCUUCUGAACACGAUGGCCAGUCAAAGCGAUUGGUGAACGCUUACGCAUCUGAGUAAAAGGAUUUUCCUCUGUCUGAAAGGAGAUGACUUACUUAACUUUCUAACUGGAAUUUCCGCUUCUCUGCAGUGUUUUGAUACUCAAUUCCGUCUACUGGAGUAAGUUUCAUCUUGCAACAGUACGUUGAAGUGACACUGCUCUGGAAACACAACUGUUCCGUGACUUCUUAAUAUACACUGGAGAUAAAGACAGGAGAGUGGAUAUCCCCCCUGGGUAAAAGACAGGAGGUGGAACUCUUUCUGUUAACUGUACAGUAGUUAAUCCAGGAAGGAGGCAAAGCCUUAAACGAUUAUGUGGGUUUACACAGAAAUCUGAGGAUAACAUUUAUCCUUUAGAUAUCUGAGCAAGGAUGAAUUUCUAUCUAGAGCACAGCGUAUAGAUCUGUAUAAAUUUCUUUGUGCUCCCAGUGUGUAGGUAACUUUCUUAUAGCACACUGUGCUUUCUUUUUCAUGUAUUUUGAACAGGAAACUGGGCUUGUUUUGUUUUGUUUUGUAUUUUUUUUUUCCCAAGAAAAACACAUCUUCAGGUGCGUUCUCCAAUAAGCAUUGGAAGUAUAUGUUUUGUGCUGUGCUGUUACGAAGCUGUCAUUGGAAAUGAUUAUCAAAGUUGAGUCUGCUGAAGACUUUCAGUUUUUACAGAAGUGCACUUUAAGCAGAGGAAGAAGAGGGAUUCUGGUUAGGAUUGAAUUCAGUACGUUGCUUCUAAGAUCAGUGCUGCCUUGGAGGCGAAGGUUACUAAAUCCAAAGCUGCCAUGUAUUAACUGUUUUGAUUGAUGUGUUUAAAGAAUAUCUCUACUGAAACCUGAAUUUUUAGGCAUGGGCUGCAGAACAAUUGGAUGGUUUAAAAGUCUUGUUACAUAUGCUAGAGGUUCCUGUUCUCCCAGCCUGUUAAGUCCAUUGGUGAAGCCUGCUGAAUAGUUUUGACUGUGACAGAAGCAGAGCAUAACUCGCGCUGGGUGAUGUUAGUGCCUCUUAAGAGUGGUAUUAAAAUAUUCAGUAUUGCUUCAAAAGAAUGAAAAGACAAAUGGCAAAUAUCCAUCACAAGAAACUGGAGGUGUUACCUUACUGCUUUUAGUCAGAGCUAACUGUGCAGCAGCAUUUGUAUUUGAGAAACAUCACUUUCUGUUUGUGCAUUCUGAAAGUUGCAGCCUUCAUCUGGCCAGUCAUGCUACCAUGGAAAUUGUUUAAGAUGUUGAUGCAAAGGUGCAAUCUUGAACUUUAAAUUUGCUAACGUUGAAUUUCUUGGAAGAAAAUGUUUGUUUUAGUUUGGCUUGGCUUCUCUCUUGCUCUCUUGCUCUCUUGUACUUUAUGACAUUCAGAUUUGCCUGUCAAGUUCUCUGAAAUUCAGAUUUGAAACAGUUGGGGUGCAAUGUUUAGAGUUAAAUGUCUUCAAUCAUAAUCAUUUCUUUGAUGUGUAGAAUGAUCUACACUGACAGAGCCUACUGCAUUCAAAGCUACUACACAGCAUAUCUACUUAGUCUUACCUUAGUUUUUGCUUCCAAAUCCAAUUUCUACAAGUUUCUGAUGUAUAUUUUUCUCAAACAUAAGAACAAAACUACCAUCAGAGAUACUUUCUAAUAUUUCUAAUGGCUUCUGAUAUUUUUCUUGAGAUAGACCACGGGCAAAAAUAGACAAGAAUUCCACAUUGGAGUGAAUAUUUGUGCACUCUCUGUUGGAAAAAAUACACAAAAGUUUUAACAGCCUGAUAAAAGUAGCAUUAGGAGGUUAUAAAUUUGUACUCAAGUGAGAGAAGUUAUCUGGAAGAAACUGGAAAUUUCAUAUUUUAAAUACAAUGUUGAUAAAAUGCAUUUAAUGUUUUUAAGUUAUGUUUACAUUAUAGUCAUGUUUAAGUGGUUGUAUGCAGUAAUCUGAGGUGGUGUCCCUGCUUUAUGUUGUCUGUGUUCCUAGGAACCUGAGCAGGCUGCUUGGCAUUAUAUGUUGUUUUCAUUCUUGAAGCUUAGAAAAGUGCCUCGUUAAUCUGUUUGUAAAUCAGGUUCUUAGUCUACAGAAAAACUAAUUUGACCUACUGAAAUCCUUACAGUAUUUGUGUGGUUUUUAUUGCUGUGUGGUAAUGUUACUACGUUAGUCUCCAAUUAAAAAAAAAAAAAGAAAUUAAAAAGCAGUAGCUUAAAGUUAAAGUAAAAUCAUAAAAUGCAUACUGAUCAAUACAUGGAAACAGAACAAACCAAGCAAUGUCAGGAGUUUGCUCCUCUUUCUGUGAUAAAAGAGAUUUAUAUGGUUCCUUUUAUUACGAUCACAUUUUGGGGGCACGGACAAAUGUCACUGGACUACAGACAUAAAGAGCAGUGCAGUCUGAAACCUCUCUUGCUGUUCUAUAGGAUGUUUAAAGCUGUGUUGCAUUUCUUCCCCUUUUAUUGUGUAACAGCACCUAUGAAACAGAAGAUGAAGUUGUCUCAUCGUCAUGAACUUAAAUUUCCUGUAAACAAAUGCUAAGUCAGACUUACGGUUUUGUGUGUGUAUGUAAUAAGAAACACAGAACUCCACGCUAGAUGACUGCAAAGACUUUCUCUUGGCUCACCUGCAGGAGUAUCUGUAGCCCAUUUUUGCAUCAUUCUUGCAGUUUUGGAUGUGCUGACAGAGCGCUGUGCAGGCAGCUCGGUGGUUCCAGGCCUGUGCGAUGCCCAUGCCUGCUCCAUGCCCAGCUGCCCACGGCUGGCAGAAGGUGACUGCUGCUGGGGCAGCACCAGGAUGCUUCUGGGAUCUUUGCUUCUGUUGCCAUGGUAGUGCCCAUCUGCCUGCAUGCACACAUCUGGCUUGUGAAAGAGUGCAGGUGUAGCCCGCGGAGCAGAAAGGAGAGCUAGCUGGAACUCGGAAAAGCAGAAAGUAAGAGAUGCAGCAUGGCAGGUUACUGGAGUCCUGAAGUCCUGCACUGAGGUUCAGGGGGACCGCAGUGGCUCUUUGCUCUAUCCAGGUCUCUGGAUCUCUCUUCCAGCUCAUGUUUUCCCCCGUGAGACAUGAGUUACAGCUCCCAGUAAGGUUUCCAUCUGCCUGGGCAGACCGGGACCAGGUAUGAGGAAGGAGCUCAGGCUGGUAUGUGCAGUGCACAGGGCACUGCUCGCUACUGCAUGUACUUCACCCAGUGGUCCCAGCAGGAGUGGUGGUGCUCACUGUUGGUAGAGCCUAUUCUACCUCAUGGGCUACAGCUGUCUAGCAGACCAGCAGCCAUUACUAAGAAGCUGAACAGAAUUAGGUGAUGUUUGUCUCUCAGCGUAUGCAAAUCUGAUUUAGUUUUGAUUCUUUUUGCUAAGGCAUCUGUUGUGCCAUGACUCUGGUCUGCUGCAGGGAUACUGCGAAGAUCCAGGUUUUACAAGAAUUACUGAGCAGGCAAUUCUGAGGUUUGCCUGUCUUCUGCUCUCAUUAGCAUUCACCUAGCAUCAGGAUUUCUAACACCCCAGCUGCUUGCUUUCAUCUAAGCCUCCUGCCUCUCAAGCUGCUCCACCUCUGAGCUGCUCGUGUGCUGGCAAAUAAGAGGUGGCUGACAUUGUGUCAUCCCAGCACUGAAAAGCAAAAGAAGAGCUUCACAUAUAGCCAGCUGUGGGUCUUGGAAGGCUCUGCAGUGUGGUCUGUGCUGUUUCUCAGUGCUGAAGUUUAAGGGAAGUUUGCAGGAAUUAAAUCAUGUGUUAAUUAUUUAGCCACAUGUUUACGGUGGAAAACUACUGUCAGAAAGGAAAAGCUGAUUUUGUUUUUUUGAGGUGUGGCCUCUUCCCCUGCAGUGUCAUCCAAGUGGCGGAGAGGCUGAACCCUUUCUGUAGCAAUUCCCUCCUCCCUUGCUUCCCUCAUUUAAAACCUCAGGAAACCAAAGCUGUGAGCCAGAACACUGAAAAAAAAAAAA